AUGAUCCCAGCCUCCGACCCCAAAUUCGACCCCGAGCCAUGGAGCGCAUGCCUUCCGCCGCGACCCAAGUCCCGCCAAACCGGCUUCAUCGGCGUGUGGUCCUCGGCCAAGGACUUCAACCGGCGCGCCCUCAUCCGGCUGACCUACCUGCGGAACAAGCCCCACGACCUCGACGUCUACUUUGUGCUCGGACGUCCCGAGACCGACCAGGAGCAGACACUGGUGGCACUGGAGAUGGCUGCCUACCACGACAUUCUCCUCCUCAAUAUGACGGAAAACCUGACCGAGGGGAAGACCUUUGAGUUCUUCCGCACGGUCGGCGUGACCUUCAAGCCGGGCGACUAUGCCUUCGUGACCAAGAUGGACAGCGAUGUGUGGUGCGAGCUGCCGCAGUUCACCACCCAGCUGCAACGGCUCCUGUACCAGAAGAAAUCCAUGGGGACGUACUUUGGCCGGGCCAUCGGGGGUUACUUCAUGGCCGGCAUGGGGUACACCCUCUCCUGGGAUCUGGUGCGAUGGAUCGCGACCGAUGCUUACCCAGACUCGCACCGGGACGGGUUCGAGGACCAGUUGGUUGCGGACUGGCUGCAUCACAGUGGGCUGUUGGUGCAUUUUGUGUCUGAGGAGGCGGGCAUCUAUGAUACUCCGGACUAUGCGGGGCAUGGCGAUGGCGGGUGGGCGCAGAACUAUACCGACCCGACUCUGAUUGUGCAUCAGCUGAAGUCGGAUGAGUGGUUUCUGAGGACGGCAAAGUACUUCCUGGGCGGUGUGGGUUAA